AUGUCAACCACGGAGAACCCGACGCAGACACGAACCGAGAGGGACCUUUCCGCGACGACGCCAGCAACAACACCGCGGCCGCAGAAGCUGUCUAUCCUCCACGGGCCUGUGGAUCCGCCCCUCGUCGACCUGACGCUGGGCGAGCUGCUGGAGCUCCAGGCCUACCGGCAUGGUGGCGAUGAGUGCCUGGUGAUGCCGUGGACGGGGGCGCGCUGGACCUACCACGACCUGCACCAGCAGAGCACGCUGCUGGCCCAGGCGCUGCUGCUGGACCUGGGCGUCGAGCCGGGGGACCGCGUGGGCAUCAUGGCCGGCAACUGCGAGCAGUACGCGGCCGUCUUCUUCGCCGUGGCCAAGGUGGGCGCCAUGCUCGUCAUCCUCAACAACACGUACACGCCCACAGAAGCCCUCUACGGCCUGCGCUUCUCCGACUGCAAGGUGCUGUUUACGACGCGGACGAUUGGAAAGCUCGACAAUGCGCCUCUUCUGGCCGCCCUCGAGAAGCAGGGCAGUGAGCCGGCGUCGGUCAAGACACCCACGGUCCGUGUCGUCAUCCUCAGGGGCGAGGCUGCGGGCUACACGACCUACGAUGAACUCGUUCGGUCGAGCAGCAACAGCCGUCGGAGAGGCCGCGAUCGACUGCACCGUGCCAUGAGCCAGGUCCUGCCGCAUCAGGUCGUCAACCUCCAGUUCACCAGCGGCACGACAGGGCAGCCCAAGGCCGCCAUGCUGACCCAUCACAAUCUCGUCAAUAAUUCCCGCUUCAUCGGCGACCGGAUGCGUCUGACGCCCGACGACGUCCUCUGCUGCCCGCCGCCGCUUUUCCACUGCUUCGGGCUCGUGCUGGGCCUCUUGGCCGUGGUGACGCACGGGGCCAAGAUUGUCUUUCCCGCCGAGGUCUUCGACAUUGCGGCGACGCUGCGGGCCAUCUCGGACGAGAGCUGCACGGCGGUGCACGGGGUGCCGGCCAUGUUCGACUCGCUCUUCCAGGCGGAGCCGCCCGCGGGCUUCAACUGCGAGCGGCUGCGGACGGGCAUCAUUGCGGGGGCGCCGGUGCCGCGGUACCUGAUGGAGCUGUUGGUGAACCGGUUCGGCAUGAGCGAAUUUACGAGCAGCUACGGGCUGACGGAGGCGUCGCCAACGUGCUUCAACGCCUUCACCGACGACGCCAUGGACACGCGGCUGGCGACGGUGGGCACGCUGAUGCCGCACGCGCACGCAAAGAUUGUCGACGCCGAGGGCCGAACGGUGCCCGUCGGCGCCCGGGGCGAGCUUUGCAUGGCCGGGUACCAGCUGCAGGCCGGGUACUGGAACAACCCGGAGAAGACGGCCGAGGUCAUGGAGCGCGACGCGGCCGGGGUGCUCUGGCUUCACACGGGCGACGAGGCCGUCUUUGACGAGAGGGGAUACUGCACCAUUACGGGGCGCUUCAAAGACAUUAUCAUCCGGGGCGGAGAAAACAUUUACCCCCUCGAGAUCGAGGAGCGUCUCAUGGCACACCCGAGCAUCGACCGGGCCAUUGUCGUCGGGCUCAAGGACCAGCACUACGGCGAGGUGGUCGGGGCGUUCGUGGAGCGGCGGCCCGGGGCGGCGAAGCCGGGCGACGACGAGGUGCGCGAGUGGGUGCGGGCGGUGCUGGGCAAGCACAAGUCGCCGACACACGUCCUGUGGCUGGGCGAGGGCGGCGUGCCGGGCGACGUGCCGCUGACGGGGAGCGGCAAGGUGCGCAAGUUUGAGAUGGCGAGUCUGGGCAACGAGGUGCUGGCGCGGAUGAGGAGGGGGGAGAGUGGUUCCAAGUUGUAG